CUCUGAUUGGCUUAUCGGCCCGACAUACUCCCGAAACGCUCGUGCUGCGAUGACCGCGACGACCAGCUCUGAGCUGUUUACUGCCAACAAGCCAAAAAGGACGUCUACGAAUGCCUCCCAACCAGCCAUGGAAGGCUUGAAGCAUCCCAAAAUAUACUAGACAACUAAUCGCAAACUCAAUAACUGAGCAUCAUCAAUAAUCAGUCCCGCAUCACCACCACCACCACUCCCGCCAUCAUGACGUUCCCAUCAGCGUUCAAGAGCUCCCACUGUGACGAGCUGGAAUCUCCAGAUGUCGGGAACUUUGCUGUUUCAGUCUUCAUCCUCAUCGGCAUCCUAAUCUCCUACCUCCCCCAACACUACCGCAUCAUCAGCCGGCGCUCCUCCCUCGGCCUCUCGCCCAUGUUCGUUCUCCUCGGCACCGUCUCCGGCACCGCCGCGAUCGCAAACAUCCUCACGCUGCCCGCCAGCCGCGCCGACAUGGCGUGCUGUACCGAGAUCAGCCGGUUCGCGUGCGCGGCGGCGAUGCUGGGGGUCGCGCAAGUGGGCGUGCAGUGGACGUGUUUCUUCUUCAUUAUGCUCCUCUUCCUCAUUUUCUUCCCGCGCCGGCCCUCGCCCCCCUCCACCCCCACCACCACCACUCCCACCGCCCCAUCCCCCGACCACGAAACCAUCCCUACCUGGGCCGAAGCUAUCCUCGUCCUGCUCUUCUCCCUCGCCUUCUUCCUCUUCGCCUUCCUCACCUCCCUCGUCUUCAUCUACGCUGCGCCCGCCCACCUACAAGGCUGGGCCAAUUUCCUCGGCAUCCUGGGCACUGUGCUCGCGUCGGUGCAGUACCUGCCGCAGAUCUGGACGACGUGGCGCCUGCAGGAGGUGCUGAGCCUGAGCAUCCCGAUGAUGUGCAUCCAGACACCCGGCAGCUUUGUGUGGGCGGCGAGCCUGGCGGCGCGGCUGGGCCGCGAGGGGUGGAGCGCGUGGGGGCUGUACAUCGUGACGGGGUGCUUGCAGGGGGUGUUGCUGGGCAUGGGGAUUUCGUUUGUAGUGAGGGAUUGGAGGAGGAAGAAGGGAGGCGCGGAGGGGGACGCGAAUGGGGUGGGGAAUGGGAACGGGGCGAGUGAGCGGUCGCCGUUGUUGCAGGCGUCGGCGUGA